GAUUAAUAGCAUGGCCAAGCCCAUUGCCCAAAGGGAGGAACUUCCCGUAACCCAACUCGGCACUUCGGCGAAUCGCACGGAAGCAAGACCGCAGUCGGCCAGUCGCAGUCCCGCAGCCUCACGCCGCCGCAUCCUGCUGCGUGGUUGUUUGCUACUCACAAUCUCACUUUUCAGCUUGUGGCCUUGUGGGAGUUCUGGCUGAGUGGCUGCCUUCCAUAGCUCCGCUAAUUGCCCAAGCCCCAGGCAAUAGUUAUGGUAGGGCUAUCUCUUGGAGAAAAGAACUUCAUUAGAGGUGGUAUUGCUCAAGACUUGCGAACAGAUGGCAGGACACGGUUAUCUUAUCGACCCAUUUAUGUUGAAACUAGUGUCAUCCCCCAGGCAAGUGGUUCGGCUAGAGUCAAGUUGGGUGCAACAGAUGUCAUCGUCAGUGUCAAGGCUGAACUUGGAAAACCAAGCUCAUCUCACCCCGACAAGGGAAGAGUUUCUAUAUAUGUAGAUUGCAGUCCCACUGCAGAGCCAACAUUUGAGGGAAGAGGUGGCGAUGAGUUGUCUGCCGAACUGUCAAUUGCUCUUCAACAAUGUUUGCUUGGUGGAAAAAGUGGUGCAGGGGCUGCAAUUGAUCUUUCUUCCCUCUCAGUUGUGCACGGAAAAGUUUGUUGGGAUCUAUACAUAGACGGCCUGGUGGUAAGUUCAGAUGGGAAUAUACUUGAUGCUCUCGGUGCUGCUAUUAAGGCUGCUUUGAGUAAUACAUGUAUUCCAAGAGUCCAAGUAUCUGCUGAUGCUUCACCAAAUGAACAGCCAGAAGUUGAUGUGAGUGAUGAAGAAUUUGUUCAGUUUGACACUAGUAGUGUCCCUGUUAUAGUCACUUUGACAAAGGUAGGUAGGUUCUGUAUUGUAGAUGCCACUUCAGAAGAGGAAUCCCAAAUGAGCUCAGCUGUGUCCAUUUCAGUUAAUAGGAAAGGUCAUAUUUGCGGGGUGAGUAAGCGAGGUGGUGCAGCUUUAGAUCCAGCUGAUAUACUUGACAUGAUACACAAAGCACAGGUUGUUGGCGAUGAGUUAGUCAACAAAUUGGAUUCUCUGAUAGCAGCAGCUGAAGCACGCGGGGAAGAGGAAUCUGAAUCAUGACAUUGUUUGUUCAUUGUAUGCACACUUUUAGAUAGUGACUUACUUCUUUUGGGAACUAUCGUUUUUGUCAUUGGGCAUACGUCAAAGUGUUGUUUGGAUCUUUGAAAAUUUUCACUCUGCAUACAUAUCACAUAUAUGCAUUCUAGCUUACAGUUGUAUCAUUUUUCUUCAACUGUUGUAUUUCAGCCGUUGCAUUAUCAGUUCUUUCCAAGAUAAGAUUUUGUGGAACGUAUGUCGUUUUUUAUCCUUGUGAGAAAAGACGUGUUGUAUCGUGUAUGCAAUACCUUG